CAUUCAUCCAUGCAAUCGUUGAAGAUUCGCUCUCUUUCUCUCGCUUUCUGACAACAAUCAUUCGCAGUUGCCAUCUUCUCUCAUCCUUCUUGCCUCUGUUCGAUAUCCCUCCGCUAAAUUUGUCGAGCGUAUCAAUUCACCGUAAACAUUUCCAUAUACUUCCUCUUUAAAUUGCAGCAAGAUCGACCUAAUCUUUCACUCGAAUUCCACAGAAACUUCCCUCCGAAAAAAGAAAAAAAAAAAAACUUACCAUAAUCAGUGACCAUCUCCGUGUUAUAUAUCAACAUCCUUCCGCUUCCUUUGGAGAUUCACGUGCGCUCUGUCAUUUUUCCAGUCCUGCAUAGCUUCGUUCUGUUCAUCCCUUUCGUUUGAAUCGUUCCCCGUUUUCGUUGUCCGCUGAUAAUGGCCCCACCGAACGCCCAGAAGAAUCACUUCAACCUCUCAGGCGGCAAGCUCUCGGUCGACGGCGUCCCCGUCCUCACCGACGUCCCCAGCAACGUCUCGCUGACCCACUUCUCCUCCACCCGCCGCUCCUCCGACGCGCCCAUCCCCUUGCUCCUCCGCGUGGACUCCACCGCCAGCCGCGGCUGCUUCCUCGGGUUCGCCCAGGACAGGCCCUCCGACCAGCUCACGAACUCCCUCGGCAGGUUCUCCGACCGGGAGUUCCUCAGCAUCUUCCGGUUCAAGACGUGGUGGUCGACCAUGUGGGUCGGGUCGUCCGGGUCGGACCUCCAGAUGGAGACCCAGUGGGUCCUGCUCAACGUCCCGGAGGCCUCGUCCUACGUCCUGAUCCUCCCCAUCGUGGAGGGGCCCUUCCGGUCGGCCCUCCACCCGGGGCGGGACGGGCACUUCACCAUCUGCGCGGAGAGCGGGUCCAAGCGAGUGACCACCUCGUCCUUCGACGCGAUCGCGUACGUCCACGUGUCCGACAACCCGUACAACGUGAUGAGGGAGGCCUACAGCGCCAUCCGGGUGCACCUCAACACCUUCAAGCUGCUGGAGGAGAAGACCGUCCCGCCGCUCGUGGACAAGUUCGGGUGGUGCACGUGGGACGCCUUCUACCUCACCGUCGACCCGACCGGGGUCUGGCACGGGGUUCAGGAGUUCGUCGAAGGAGGGGUGUCUCCGAGGUUCCUGAUCAUCGACGACGGCUGGCAGAGCAUCAACCUCGACGGGCAGGACCCGAACAAGGACACCAAGAACUUGGUCCUGGGCGGCACCCAGAUGACCGCGAGGCUCUACCGGCUGGACGAGUGCAAGAAGUUCAGGAAGUACCGGGCCGGGUCGAUGCUCGGUCCCGACGCGCCAUCCUUCGACCCGAAGAAGCCCAGGAUGCUGAUCAAAAAGGCCAUCGAGGUCGAGCACGCAGAGAAGGACCGGGACAAAGCGGUCCAGUCCGGGGCCAAGGAUCUGGCCGAGCUCGAGUCGAAGAUCGAGAAGCACAAGAAAGAGAUCGACGAGCUGUUCGGAGCAGAGGAAAACGGACAGGACUCUAGCGGCGCGGGAGGGUGCGGGAAAUGCGCCUGCAAGAGCGAGAGCUACGGGUUGAAGGCCUUCACCAGGGACCUGAGGAAGAAGUUCCCGGGCCUCGACGACAUAUACGUGUGGCACGCGCUGUGCGGUGCUUGGGGCGGGGUUCGACCCGGGUCUACCCAUCUGAAGUCGAAGGUCGUCCAGACCAAGCUCUCCCCGGGACUCGGCGGGACCAUGACCGACCUCGCCGUGGUGAAGAUCGUCGAGGGCGGGAUCGGGCUCGUCGAUCCCAGCCAAGCCGGAAAUUUCUACGACUCCAUGCACUCCUACCUCGCUAGCGUCGGCAUCACCGGAGUCAAGGUGGACGUCAUCCAUACUCUGGAGUACGUGAGCGAGGACUAUGGAGGCAGGGUGGAGCUCGCGAAGGCAUACUACAAGGGCCUAAGCGAUUCGCUUGCCAAGAACUUCAAGGGAAGCGGGCUCAUCUCGAGCAUGCAACAGUGCAACGACUUCUUCUUCCUCGGGACGCGACAGAUCUCCAUUGGAAGAGUAGGGGACGAUUUCUGGUUCCAGGACCCGAACGGCGACCCGAUGGGGGUGUACUGGCUGCAAGGCGUGCAUAUGAUCCACUGCGCCUACAACAGCAUGUGGAUGGGGCAGAUUAUCCAGCCCGACUGGGACAUGUUCCAGUCGGACCACCUGUGCGCCAAGUUCCAUGCAGGGUCGCGGGCCAUCUGCGGCGGGCCGGUCUACGUGAGCGACUCCGUCGGCGGCCACGACUUUGAGCUCAUCAAGAAGCUCGUUUACCCGGACGGGACCAUCCCCAAGUGCCAGCACUUCGCCCUGCCCACCAGGGACUGCCUCUUCAGGAACCCCCUCUUCGACAACAAGACCAUCUUGAAGAUUUGGAACUUCAACAAGUACGGCGGCGUGAUCGGGGCGUUCAAUUGCCAAGGCGCCGGCUGGGACCCCAAGGAGCAGAGGAUCAGGGGCCACUCCGAGUGCUACAAGCCGAUGUCCGGGUCGGUCCACACCACCGACAUCGAAUGGGACCAGACCAAGGGCUCGACCCAAAUGGGCACAGCCCCGGAGUUCGCGGUCUACCUCGGCCAAGCUGAUCAGCUCAUCCUGACCGCCCCGACUUCCGACCCGAUCGACAUCACCAUCCAGCCAUCUUGCUUCGAGAUCUUCAGCUUCGUGCCCAUCAUGCACCUCGGACCUAGCAGCACCAAAUUCGCACCCAUCGGACUGACCAACAUGUUCAAUUGCGGUGGCACGAUAAUAGAUUUGGACUACCCCGAUUUCGGGGCUACUGUCAAGGUUAAAGGCGGGGGCGUGUUCUUGGCAUAUUCGAGCGGGGUGCCCAAAAAGUGCACAGUGAACGGCGCCGUGGCCGAGUUCGGGUGGUCGCCGGAGGACGGCAAGCUGACCGUCGAUCUCCCUUGGGUCGAGGAACAAGGUGGCGUCUCGACCAUGGGUCUCGUCUUCUAAAUCAAUUCGAGCCCGUGUUAUUAAUCAUAAUGUUAUUAAUUUAUAUCUAUGCCCCAAGAGGAGGUUUAAUUUGAGAUGAGCGUUUUUAAUUUGUAGUCUGGCAAGCCAGUCCGUUCAAUGUAAUUAAGAGAAUAUAUGGGUGUGAAUAAUCAUCCAUAUAACUCUUAUAUGUCAAUUAAAAGUUUAUUUUGUAUUUUCCUUC